UUGUCAUUCUGUCACUUUUCUAGUUUGUCUCUCUUUCUUGCUUUUAUUUACAUCCCAUUGUAUCGCUUUUAUCCUGAGACUAUGUACCAAACUAUUCUAAAUAGAUAUCUGUAGAUCUUCAUUUCAAACAGUUGUGAUUUCAGUAGACGAGACAUAGGGUUCAAAGAUCUAAAAAUGAGAUGACGCUUUCAAAUAGUAGCGUAGUGAAUGUUUAGUUAUCCAAGAAUAUUUAUAGUUUAGUUGAAUUUCAACUUCUUGUAGUGAUUAGAAAUCAGUAAACUUGUUUUAUUGCUUCAAGUUUUAAUUAUAUAACAUGCUAGCUUAUUUAGAGUGAUUAAAAUCAAUUUAUAACAACUUUCUUCGUCGAUCAAACAGUGUCUCAAAAUGAAUCGUCUCUCAGAUCUUUUCACCAACAAAAGUGCAUUUCGAGUAGUAAAAUGCUGCAAAGUCAACUUUUCUGUGAGCAGAAUUGUUUUCAAGCAAGCAGCAAAAGAUGCCAAGUUAGUGAGCGGCAGACCUUAUAACAAACUGACUAUUGGUGUUCCGAAAGAAGUCUGGGAAAAUGAGAAGAGAGUUGCCAUCACCCCUGCAGUAACCCAAACCCUCAUCAAAAAAGGGUUCUCAGUAAAUAUCGAAGAGGGAGCCGGUUUAGCAGCAAAAUUUCCCGAUUCUGAUUAUAAAUCAGCGGGAGCAACCCUUGUUGAUAAGAAGAAUGCGUUUUCAACAGAUAUUAUUCUCAAAGUCAGGCAACCUCUUCAAAAUGAAGUGGAACUCUUCCAACCGACCUCGACUCUUAUAUCGUUUCUAUAUCCUGGACAAAAUAAGCCACUUAUCGAUUCGUUGGCUAGUAAGAAAAUCAACUGUUUUGCAAUGGAUUGCAUACCGCGAAUAAGCAGAGCGCAAGUAUUUGAUGCACUGAGUUCUAUGGCAAACGUCUUCGGGUACAGGGCUGUCAUUGAAGCUGCUAAUCAUUUCCCAAGGUUCUUUGCAGGUCAGAUAACAGCAGCCGGCAAGGUUCCCCCGGCCAAGAUGCUUGUGAUUGGUGGCGGAGUGGCGGGGUUGGCAGCCAUAGGACAGGCGCGCAACAUGGGUGCAGUGGUGAGGGCUUUCGAUACCCGAGCAGCUGUCAAGGAGCAGGUCGAAUCACUGGGGGCUGAGUUUCUCGAAAUUAAGAUCAAGGAAGAAGGAGGAACAGCCGGUGGAUACAGCAAGGAAAUGUCGAAGGAAUUCAUCGAAGCUGAAAUGGCGCUAUUUGCGAAACAGGCCAAGGAGGUUGAUAUCAUCAUCACCACUGCACUUAUUCCAGGCAAGAAGGCUCCAGUUCUCAUUCUCAAGGAGCACGUAGAAAGCAUGAAACCAGGCAGUGUGGUGGUUGAUCUAGCUGCUGAAACCGGAGGUAACAUAGAGACCACUAGACCAGGCCAGGUUUACACUCACAAAGACGUGGUUCACAUAGGUCUCACAGAUCUGUCAUCCAGGCUACCCACCCAGAGUUCAACGCUAUAUGCUAACAACAUAUCCAAGUUCCUGCUCUCUAUUGGCAGUGACAACCAUUUUAACAUUAACCUGGAAGAUGAAGUGGUAAGGGGUAGCAUAGUUCUACACGAGGGUAACCUCAUGUGGCCUCCUCCACCCCCUUCUGUGAAUCUAUCAGCCCCCACCCCUUCUACCCCUGCAGCGUCUGCCGACCACGUUUCUAAGGAUGUGAAAAUCCCGGCCACUGAGAUCAACCCGUUCAACCGAACUUUGAAGGAUGUGAUGGUCUAUUCUGUUGGUAUUGGCAGCGUGCUAGGCGUGGGUUACAUCAGCCCGGGUUCGGAGUUCACCAAUAUGACUUCGACCCUGGCACUGAGUGGUCUGGUUGGCUAUCACACAGUGUGGGGGGUCACCCCCUCUCUCCACUCCCCACUAAUGUCAGUCACCAACGCUGUGUCAGGAAUAACAGCUGUCGGGGGGUUGCUGCUCAUGGGAGGAACUUAUUAUCCCACCAAUACUGUUCAGGCUCUAGCAGCGUCUGCCGCUUUCAUAUCGUUCAUCAAUGUCUUUGGAGGAUUUCUUGUCACUAAGAGGAUGCUGGAUAUGUUCAGAAGGCCCGGUGAUCCCCCAGAAUACAACUCACUGUACGGUAUCCCUGCGGCAGUGUUUCUAGCCGCCUAUGGGUAUGGCGUGCACAAUGGUUACUCGGAAGUCCACCAGAUGGCGUCUCUGGCUUCCUCACUGUGCUGUGUUGGAGCACUGGCCGGGCUGAGUUCUCAGUCAACGUCUAGGCUCGGCAAUAACCUAGGGAUGGUGAGUGCUAUAAGCCUCCUCCGAUCGGUUCUCGUGGCAUUUAAUCCUGAUUAAAAUUUGACAGGAUUUUGUGCAACCGGACCUCUAGGCUCUAGUGAUCUGUUGGUACUUGCUAAGCUCGUUAAAUUAGAAGGGAAUAUUUAUUUAUUCAUUAUUCUGAAUAUGAUUUAAUUUUUGUUUCACAGUCUGGUAGGUUUGGCAGCUGUACUAACCUGUGUGGCAACUUACAUCCACGAUUAUCCCUCGUUUGCUACUGAUCCGGCAGCUAAUGUAGUUAAAACGGCAUUGUUCCUUGGAACGGUUAUUGGAGGUGUUACUUUCAGUGGUAGCCUGGUAGCCUACGGCAAACUGCAGAACCUGCUGAGUUCUGCGCCCCUGUUACUACCAGGCAGACAUGCCAUCAACAGUGGUCUAGUGCUGGCCAAUGUGGCCGCUAUGUCCUACUUCUUCAUGGAUCCCAGUAUGGCGUCGGGUCUAACCAUGCUGGCUGCUGCUUCCGGGCUAUCAGCUGGGCUGGGGGUCACACUCACUGCUGCUAUUGGAGGAGCUGAUAUGCCCGUAGUGAUCACAGUUCUCAACAGCUAUUCAGGCUGGGCAUUAUGUGCCGAAGGUUUUAUGUUGAAUAAUAAUUUGAUGACAAUUGUUGGAGCUCUCAUUGGCUCGUCUGGUGCUAUCCUCUCCUACAUUAUGUGCAAGGCUAUGAACAGAUCACUACCCAAUGUAAUCCUUGGAGGUUAUGGUACAUCUUCAACAGGAUCUGGGAAACCAAUGGAAAUAACUGGGACCCACACUGAAGUUAAUGUUGAUAAUGUAGUUGAAAUGAUAUCUAAUGCCAAGAAUAUCAUUAUCACACCAGGCUAUGGAAUGUGUGUAGCCAAAGCCCAGUAUCCAAUAGCAGAACUGGUUUCACUGCUGAAAUCUAAAGGAAAAAACGUCCGUUUUGGGAUUCAUCCUGUGGCUGGUCGAAUGCCAGGCCAGCUGAACGUGUUACUAGCGGAGGCAGGAGUUCCCUAUGAUGACGUCCUGGAAAUGGAGGAGAUAAACGAUGACUUCUCGGCCACUGAUCUGGUGCUGGUGAUUGGGGCCAACGAUACAGUCAACAGUGCCGCUCUAGAUGAUCCCAACUCCAUCAUAGCUGGCAUGCCUGUCUUGAAGGUCUGGAAUGCUGAACAGGUUGUGGUAAUGAAACGAUCCCUAGGCGUCGGCUAUGCAGCAGUGGAUAAUCCUAUCUUCUACAAACCCAAUACUAGUAUGCUACUGGGAGAUGCUAAGAAAACUUGCGAUGCAUUACUGGCUAAAUCCAGGGAGAUCUUGGUAUAAUCAUCCCUAUCUCAACCAAUUUCCAUAACUUUCUCCUAAUUCGAUCAUUAAUGUGCUCUAUUACAUGAAAGUAGUCAUAUUUUAUUGCUGAAUUCAUGAAUAAGUCAAUGUUGUCAUUGAUGUAGUAUUGCUUUGUAAUCUGUAUUUUAUCAGAUAGUUUUUAUUACAGUAUAUUUUCAAUUUUUAUCUUCCAUACUGUGAUUACAAGUUGACAGUUUCCGCACUCACACAUGUCUACUUGCUGCACAGCAGGUGGAUUCAUGCAAGAGUAAAUUUCAUAAUUGUACUACAUUCUAUGUAAUUUUAUUAUCCCCUACCUGUUUUAACUAUACCUAUAAUAGUUAUUCAAACGAUACCUAUACUAUUUUAUAUUUUUAUUAAUGUUAGUUGUAUGUUGCAUCUCAAACUGUUUAUUAGUUCUAGUUACAAUAAUUAUCUCUAGUAAUUGUAUGGAUGACUUUAUGGAAAAGAGUUCUAUAUUUUAGUUAUUUUACCUUUAUAUUUUAGAAUUUUAGUUGAGUUUCAGAUUUUGUGUUUUAUUCUAGUUACUAUCUCAGAUUUUAUUUUUAUCUGUGUUCAUCAUCGCCUAGUAUAUAUUAUAUAAUAUAAAGUUCAGAUAUUUACCCUUUAUAUUUUUAGAAUUCUAGUUGAGUUUCAGAUUUUGUAUUUUAUUCUAGUUACUAUCUCAGAUAUUAUCUUCAUCACUGUUUAUCAUAGUCUAGUAUGUAACGUUCAUAAUAGUUCUUAUUACAUAUCUUUCAACUCUUAUAAGAGUUAUCAUCCUUACUUUAUAUUUGUAUUAUUCACUCAAUGUAUUCUCCAACUACCUUACCUAUAUCAAAUUUUUCUACUCUACUUCAUUUGUUAUUUUUACCACCCUCUUCAUGGUUUCAAUUACUUUCUAACUGAUGAUACUGAUGGUUUCUAUCUUCUUUUUUUUUCUCCCUUGACAUCUUGCUGGAAUUUUUCAAUAUUCAUUUUAACAACAUCCUUCCUGAAUAGUUUCAAAAUAAAGUCUGCUAUUAUCCUGAACAUAUAACUAUAUAAAUAGGAAUAAAAAUAUCAGUACCCUUUUUUGAAUUAUUUAAAUUGUACUGAGAUUGUUAUUUUUAUUUCUAUUUAUAUCACAAGUAGCCCUAUACA